AUGGCGGACGCCGAGGCAGGAGUCCCCCAGAGCGAUACACCAGAGGUCCCCAAGAUUGAUACACCAGAGGUCCCCCAGAGCGAUUGGCCAGAGGUCUCCCAGAUUGAUACACCAGAGGUUCCCCAGAGCGAUUGGCCAGAGGUCCCCCAGAUACAUACACCAGAGGUCCCCCAAAUUAUUACACCAGAGGUCCCCCAGAGCGAUACACCAGAGGUCCCCCAGAUUGAUACACCAGAGGUCCCCCAGAGCGAUACACCAGAGGUCCCCCAAAUUGAUACACCAGAGGUCUCCCAGAUUGAUACAAAAGAGAGUGAUACACCAGAGGUCCCCCAGAUAGAUACACCAGAGGUUCGCAAGAUUGAUUCACCAGAGGUUCCAAAGAGCGAUACACCAGAGGUCCUCAAGAGCGAUACACCAGAGGUCCCCAAGAUUGAUACACCAGAGGUUCCCCAGAUUGAUACACCAGAGGUCACCCAGAGCGAUACACCAGAGGUCCCCAAGAUUGAUACACCAGAGGUUCUCCAGAGCGAUACACCAGAGGUUCCCCAGAGCGAUACACCAGAGGUUCCACAGAUUGAUACACCAGAGGUUCCCCAGAGCGAUACACCAGAGGUCCCCACGAUUGAUACACCAGAGGUUCCCCAGAGCGAUACACCAGAGGUUCUACAGAUUGAUACACCAGAAAGCGAUACACCAGAGGUCCCCCAGAGCGAUACACCAGAGGUCCCCGAGAGUGAUACACCAGAGGUCCCCCAGAUUGAUACACCAGAUGUCCCCCAGAACGAUACACCAGAGGUGGACCAUUGGCCUUAUGUGCGCUCCUUUAAACGCUACAACAACACAAGCCUAUGGAGUGAAUGUGACAUUCUACACCCCAUACUCAGGGAUGAUGUUAUUGACAAGGUGGAUGUCCCAAACAUUACUAUGAAAGGUUCCAGAUGUUCCCCAGAACGAUACACCAGAGGUCCACCAGAACAACACUCCAGGGAGCCCCAGAGCGAUACACCAGAGGUCACCCAGGGCAUAACAUAA